UCAGAAGACUCCUCACUCAAGCAGCGGUCAGUCGCCGACUCCGCUCAGAUAGAAGGAAUCUCCUCAGAAAAAGGAGGAAAGGUAGCCAUGGCCUUCUCUGACACUGCAACACGGAGGCUCCUGCGCGGCGGUGUGGCUAAAGGAAUCGCCGCCGACGCCGUCGGCAUGAGCUUCGGCCUCGACGGCUUGUGGCAGCUCAUCGCCGGCCUGUUCGCGGGCGUGGUUCACCUGCUCGUUCUGCCGUUCCAGGUGCUCGGGCACUGGCUCCAGGCGGCCAUCGCCGCCGUGGCCCACCUGGUCCUCCUGCCGUUCGAGGCACUCUGGCACUUGCUGCAGUCCGCCGCCGCCGCCGUGACCUUCUGCUUUCACAGCCUCGUCGCUGCGCUCGGGAGCGUGGCCCACGCUCUGGUGGUGCCGUUCGAGGCGCUCUGGCACCUGCUGCAGUCCGCCGCGGCUGCCGUCGGCUUCUGCUUCGACAAGCUCGUCGCCGCGGUCGGGAGCGUGCCCCAUGCUCUGGCGGUGCCGUUCGAGGCGCUCUGGCACUUGCUGCAGUCCGCCGCCACUGGCGUCAGCUUAUGCUUCGGCAAUCUCAUCGCCGCGCUCGGUAGCGCGGCCCACGCUCUGGCGGUGCCGUUCGAAACGCUCUGGCAGUGGUUCCAGGCCGCCCCCGCAAGCAUCAGUUUCGGCUUCCAAGGUCUGUGGCAGCUCAUACAAGGCUGCUUCAUCAACCUCGUCGCCGCGCUCGGUAGCGCAGCCCACGCUUUGGUGGUGCCGUUCGAAACCCUCUGGCAGUGGCUCCAGGCCGCUGCCACCGGCGUCAGUUCCGGCUUCGACGGCUUCUGGGAGCACAUGCAGGGCAUCUUCGCCGACCUCCCCGCCGCGCUCGCCAGCGCUGCCCACAGCCUCGUCCUGUCGUUAGAGUCUUUCUGGCGGUGGGUGGAGAUCGCCGUCGCCGGCAUCAGCCUCGAUCUAGACGGCUUUUGGCCGCUCGUCCAGCGCUUCGUGGCCACGGCCGCGAGCAAGGCCCACGAGCUCGUCCCGGCCUUGGAGGCGUUCUGGCGGUGGCUCAAGGACGCCGCUCCCGUCGCGCUCCCUUACGUGCUGACCAUCGCCGCGGUUGGUUGCGUCGCGGCCCUGGUCUGGUACUGCGGGCAGAUCCUUUGCACCGCCGCCGUGGAGCUCGCGAGGGCGCUCGUUCAGGUCCUCUGCUCCUGUUGGCAGGCCCUGUGCAACGCCGGCGUGCAGGCCGCGCCGGCGCUCGGCCGGGUCCUCUGCUUCUGCCGGGACUGCUUGAUUGUCGUCGCCAUGUGGGUGGUGCAGUGCUGCACCAGGGUUACCAUGGUCGGCCCGGGCGCCGCCGGCGCGCUGAUAUCACGCCCUGCAUUCGCGGCGAACCCGCGGCUCUACUUCAAGAUCCUCCGUUUGGCUGGCCCCGUCGUGGCCGCUGCUGUCUUCAGUUCCAGCCCCGUCGCGUGGGUAGUCGGAGCGGUGGUCGGCAUCCUUUUCAGCCUCUGAUUAAGCCUAUGUAUUUCUCGUAAUUUGUCUUGCUUGACUGUUCCUUGUAAGAUUUCCAGAUCCUAUAUAUUUCCUCGGAUCAUCUGCCAACUGACGAUGUCCUCGUUAUGAUAA